AUGGAAGAAGAGAGGAAGCAACCGAAAGUUGGCGACAUCGGAGUCAUCCAAAGUUGGCCAAUAAUUGUGACAAAAUCUGAUCGUAAGAGGUUCAGCUACAAAUUCAUUGGAUUGGGUCCCACGGACACAGGGAAAAAGGCUACGAAUGGAAGAUUCCUUGCCUUGCACUCUGAAGAUACAAUCCCGAAAAAAUUCUUCGAAGGUACUCCGUAUGCAGGAAACAUAAACAAAGCACUCAAGAUUGCAAAAGAUAUUCUCAAAGAAAAAGCAGCUAAAUGGGGAUCAGAAAUAGGAAGAAAACACGAUAUUAACCAAAAGGUGAUUCGUUCGGAGAAUGCGAUCAAUUAUAUCAAAACUCAAAAAAGCAAUCCGCGGAUCUCAAAAAAGAAGAAGAAAAGUUCAGCCAAAUCCAAGAAGACAGCUAAAUCGAAGUCACCACAACAAAACAAACAACAAGUUGAAGACCUCAUCCCGAAUAUCGAGGCAAUCUCAAAUGGAGAGGCCAGUCAUCCUAUUGCACAAAAUGAGAAAGUUCCUGUCGAAGCUGAAAUCAUCACAGAUGACAAGGAAACUCUUUCAGCAAUUGAAGGAACUAGGAAAGAAGAGGUGGAAGAUGCCCGCAAAACUUGUGAAAGAGUUGGAAAAGCUCCGAAGAUUGAAAUCGUGGAGGAAGACAAAGGCACCACUAGUGGAGAAGCUAAUGCUCAGGAGCAAGUUGAGAUCUCUAGAAAAAAUAAGUUUUCGAAAGAAGAAUCUCCACUUGAUGCUCCAGAAGUUGAGCAAAUGGAUAUUGAUGGAGAGCAAGAUCAAUUUGUCGAACCGCAAGAAGAUGCUGACGAUAGCGUUGAAGAGGAGCGUGUAAUUCAAGAAGCGAACACCUCCAAUUCAUCCUGGAGAGACUUCUUUGGGAGAGCUCGUUUUUGGUAG